GCUAGGCUCUAAUGGGUAGGCUCUAAUGUCUAGGCUCUAAUGGCUAGGCUCUAAUGGGUAGGCUCUAAUGGCUAGGCUCUAAUGGCUGGGCUCUAGUGGAUAGGCUCUAAGGGCUAGGUUCUAAUGGCUAGGCUCUAAUGGCUAGGCUCUGGCUCUAAUCGAGAGCACGUUGACUCAUUAUCUUCCAUCCACAAGUUUUCAACUGAGUAACUAAUGUCCUCCUCUUCCUUUGUUUAUCUUCCAGAUCUGCCUCCUCCUCCCAUCCCCCCUCCAGCGGGGCUCAAGUCCCCCACACAUCCCUCCAAGACAGCCCUGGAGGCCCGGGGGAUGAUGUCUCCCAAGGCAGGCGAGGGCAGGGACAGGAGAGGGGACUCAGGAGGAGGGUACCGGCCACGGGAGGGAUCGGACCCCCGUACCAGCUCCUCUGAGCGCCGGGAGACCCAGGACAGACAGAAGAUCCCCCGUGCAGGGAAAGGGAACAAACAGGAGGGGGGCAGCACCAAGGCACGCCAACACCCAGGACCAGAGGACAUCCUGCCCUACAGCCGCCCUCCUUCCCCACGGUCCACAGUCCCAGAGACAGGGACCCCAGCUCCUCCAGCUCCAUGUCCUCCCCGGGGCUCAGGGGCCGGCGGAGAGGAGAGGGGGGGCCGAGGGCCACGCCAGGAACCCCAGCGACAUGAGAGCCUUCCAGCCAGGAGGCGAUGA